GGCAGAGCGGAGCGGUGGGCUGGGGGCUGGAGAACAGGUUUGUGCGCUGGACGCAAGCCCCAGGCGCAGCCUCGCUCACCGAGAUCCGGCCAGAGACGGGGUUUCACCGUGUUGGCCAGGCUGGUCUCGAACUCCUGACCUCAGGUGAUCCACCCGCCUUGGCCUUCCAGAGUGCUGGGAUUACCAGACGUGAGCCACCGUGCCUGGCCGACCCAUCUUCUAAGAGUCGAAUCUGUCUGUGUUGUGUUUACCUUUCUUUGCUAUCCCAAGAACGUGUUACGAGCCAGUUUUUAGUGAAAAAACAUUGGGCUAGGAGCCAAGACCCAUCUCUUCACUAUUUUGGUAUUGUGCAAGUCAUCUUAUCUCUCUUGACCUCAGUUGUCUCAUCUGUAAAAAGGAGAUAAAAAUUAUUUACCUACCUGAACACUUGGCAGAAGAGGAGAGCAGCAGAAGUGACAAAAACACAUGGAAGAAUAUGGAAAAAUUAGAACCCUCAUAUAUAAGUGAUGAGGUGGAGGACCAUCCUGCUACCGUAUUGCUUUCUCUUGAUUACAUGUCUACUUACUGCUCUUGAAGCUGUGCCUAUAGACAUAGACAAGACAAAAGUACAAAAUAUUCACCCUGUGGAAAGUGCAAAGAUAGAACCACCAGAUACUGGACUUUAUUAUGAUGAAUAUCUCAAGCAAGUGAUUGAUGUGCUGGAAACAGAUAAACACUUCAGAGAAAAGCUCCAGAAAGCAGACAUAGAGGAAAUAAAGAGUGGGAGGCUAAGCAAAGAACUGGAUUUAGUAAGUCACCAUGUGAGGACAAAACUUGAUGAACUGAAAAGGCAAGAAGUAGGAAGGUUAAGAAUGUUAAUUAAAGCUAAGUUGGAUUCCCUUCAAGAUAUAGGCAUGGACCACCAAGCUCUUCUAAAACAAUUUGAUCACCUAAACCACCUGAAUCCUGACAAGUUUGAAUCCACAGAUUUAGAUAUGCUAAUCAAAGCGGCAACAAGUGAUCUGGAACACUAUGACAAGACUCGACAUGAAGAAUUUAAAAAAUAUGAAAUGAUGAAGGAACAUGAAAGGAGAGAAUAUUUAAAAACAUUGAAUGAAGAAAAGAGAAAAGAAGAAGAGUCUAAAUUUGAAGAAAUGAAGAAAAAGCAUGAAAAUCACCCUAAAGUUAAUCAUCCAGGAAGCAAAGAUCAACUAAAAGAGGUAUGGGAAGAGACUGAUGGAUUGGAUCCUAAUGACUUUGACCCCAAGACAUUUUUCAAAUUACAUGAUGUUAAUAGUGAUGGAUUCCUGGAUGAACAAGAAUUAGAAGCCCUAUUUACUAAAGAGUUAGAGAAAGUAUAUGACCCUAAAAAUGAAGAGGAUGAUAUGGUAGAAAUGGAAGAAGAAAGGCUUAGAAUGAGGGAACAUGUAAUGAAUGAGGUUGAUACUAACAAAGACAGAUUGGUGACUCUGGAGGAGUUUUUGAAAGCCACAGAAAAAAAAGAAUUCUUGGAGCCAGAUAGCUGGGAGACAUUAGAUCAGCAACAGUUCUUCACAGAGGAAGAACUAAAAGAAUAUGAAAAUAUUAUUGCUUUACAAGAAAAUGAACUUAAGAAGAAGGCAGAUGAGCUUCAGAAACAAAAAGAAGAGCUACAACGUCAGCAUGAUCAACUGGAGGCCCAGAAGCUGGAAUAUCAUCAGGUCAUACAGCAGAUGGAACAAAAAAAAUUACAACAAGGAAUUCCUCCAUCAGGGCCAGCUGGAGAAUUGAAGUUUGAGCCACACAUUUAAAGUCUGAAGUCCACCAGAGCUCGGAAGAAAGCUGUUAACUCAACAUCUAUUUCAUCUUUUUAGCUCCCUUCCUUUUUCUCUGCUCAAUAAAUAUUUUAAAAGCAUAUUUGAAAUAAAGGAAGAUACUUUUUAAA